CAAGGGGUGAGGCAACGGGACUUGGAGGGUGGGGCACAGGGGGUUAUCAACUACUUCGUGAGCGAGUUGGACUCGAGGUGGCGGAUGGGAGCGGAUCUGCUCCUGGUGUGCUACGACCGUGCUUCACUUGUCCCGGCAAUCAAAGGACGCGAGCAGUCGGGAAGGACGGACAAGAUCGGAGGAUGCGCUCUCUCAUUCGACCCGACAUCGACGGACGCCAUUCCCCCGUCGCAAGACCAGUCAUGGCUUUGUGACAACCAGAAGGCAGCGCGAGAUGGUAUCGCCGCGCACCUCGCCAUGGACAUACUCGACGACAAGAGGUGGACUGGAGGCUGCACUCUCAACGGAAUCGGAGCGUUUUACGGUGUCGGGGGUGAGGCUGGUUUGAGAACAUCUGAUGCCGCUGACCCCGCGGUAAGGGACAGGGGGGGGCUACCGGGAGGACCGGCAACAUCACCAGAGAUACCGGCGCCGGUCGGUAGCGUCCAAAACAGCACCGUGCGCUCUGGUGGGGGCGGGACCGAGGAGGGCGGAGUGCCAACGCUUGCGGAAGAGGACCCUCUUCUCCACUACCGACGGGGCGCGGGCCGUUCGGUACAACGAGAACGUGGCCCCAACAUCGGCGAGGCCGAGCUGUCGCCCGUCCACUUCAUCGUGUGGGCCAAGAAGUACUGGGGACGGAAUUUUGAAAACUGGCUGGUUACUUCGGUGGACACGGACCAAUGGAUGAUCAUUUUGCUGGCGGCGAGUAUGGGGUUCCUCAAGGCCAGUGUCGAGGGGGCGGUUGAAGUGACCGUGCAGAAGGUUGUGGGUGGGGCUCCGAAGUACAUUUGGGUAAACAGGGUAUUCGCCGCCAUCAGCGGCCUCAGGGACGGCAACGAAUCUGCGUGGCCCACGACGGACUCCGGUUUCCAGGGUUGGAUUCCCGACGACGAUGACAAGGUCGACGAGUGCAUCAAGUUGUUGGCGACCAUAUUCUACCUCAAGUAUGAAGCUGCCUUUGCUCGUGGUGGCCAGGAGCCCGGCUGGAUUCUCCGCAUGGUCAACGGCGCUGCCGCCCAUUACGUCGACGUCAUCCGGAUGCUUAUCCUCAGGCGUGGUUCAAAGAGGGCUACAUCAACGUGCCCGGAGUUCGAGUCCAUGCGCCUGCAGAGCGAGCGAGGCCAUCAGGUACUUGGGUACUGGCAAGAUGGCUGUUUAGAGGUGGUACCAGCACGAGACUUCAACGGUGGGGGAUGGGGGAUCGACCCGACAGGGGUGGGGGGCAGCCCGGGGCACAUGACAGCGGAAAACUGCGUGCUAUGGCUGUCUGAGUAUCCUUACGUUGGCACCGACAACAAGACGCAAACGGAGAAAUGUGGGUGCAAACCGGCCCCGGGUAAGAAGAAUCUCGGCGUGAGGUGCGGCUGUCGAAAAGCAAGAAGGAAAUGCUCGCUGGCAUGCGUGUGCAGGGCUACCUGUGAAGUAAUUCGACGGCCGGAACCUGAGGCUCGGAUUGCUGCUGCUACCUCCAGCGUUCCUGCUGCGUCCACUGUUCCUGCUACACCUUCCGCUCAUGCUACACCACCCGUUCCUGCUACACCUUCCGUUCCUACAACAUCUGCCAUCGUAGCCGGAGCCCUUCGUUCGCUUUUGGCGUAUGGGGCCGCUGGUCAGCAGGCAGCCGCUAGUCAGCAGGCAGCCGCUAGUCAGCAGACAGCCGCUGGUGAGCACGCAGUCGCUAGUCAGCAGGCAGCCGCUAGUCAGCAGGCCGCCGCGCCGGAUGAUUAGUCAGAGACCGAAGCGAAGGAGAAGCUGGGGGGAGAGGAGGAAGCGGAGGAGAAGGAGGAGAAGGAAAACGAAGCGCAGGAUGAAAUCCCAGAGUGCGAGUCCGAUGCGUUUGACUACAGCGAUGCCUUCAGCGACUGGGGAUCAGCCAUAUCGGAUGGCGGCCCGGAUGUAGGGUUGGGAGAUGCGGGGGGAGUCGAAGGUCCAUGGGGGGCGACGGAAGCUGACUGGUUCUGAGGGGUCAAGAGCCGUGUUGAGGUGUGUAUCUCGACCCGUUUGUAUUUUUACCAACUUCUCGACCAUAAACUGGGGGUGAGGCACGGGUUUGCGUGUUUGUGGUCCGAUUUCACGGUAUGAUCACGUACACAUCCGAGGUGACCCUAGUCCAUUGACCAACCCAUUUACUUACCGCGUGCUCUUUCCGCUGUUUGUCUUUGCUGCUUUCGCUUGUGUGCGACAAAAUGGUGGCAGUGACAACGACAGGUUCCUCCGUGCGAAAUAGCUUAUGGUGGAGAAGGAGGAGACCAUGGAGAAUAUGUUGUGGGGUUGUGCUUGUGUGGGGGGUGGGUGGGAAACGCACGAGCUGGAUAGAUAGGUGGCACCACCACCGUUAGCCCUCUUGGCUGCGAUCCUUGCCUUUACUUCAUUCGUGAUAGUUCGGCUCUGGGCUCCUGUGGUG